UCUCCCACUUGGGCACCUGCCGGUGGGAAGCGAGGGGGAGCAGCGGAGAGCGCAGGCGCAGGGUUCGUGCCUGCGGCGCCGCUCUCCCUGCCCAGCCAGGCGGCCUCAGCCGUCCCUGCCGCGGUUUUCCUGGCGAAGCGCGCGGUGGCCUCAGUGGGCUCAGAGCCUGGACUAGGCGCGCGGCAGCGGGCAGCCCCGGCCGGAGCACCGGGCGCUCCUUCCUCGCCGCGACGCACAGGUAACCGGGCCCCGGCAGCCGGUCGGCAGCAGUGGACUGGGACCUUGACCCUGCCUGCCGGGCCGCCCCACCCGUAAGGAGUGGGAGCGUACCCCGAACCCCACACGCUCGCUUUUAGCCGAGGCACUUAAGAGGCCGAGUCCCUCUUUUGGGGUUAGGCCGGGCCCUGGGCGAAGCGCCCCGCCCCGUUUACAAGCCUUUGCGGAGGCUCUGCUCGACGCCUGAACGGCUGCGGGGCCGCCACUUCCCGGCACUGCUCUCUUGGAAAACCUGGACGCGGGUUCGGUAGGAAUUGAUUGCCUGAAGAAAUGGAUACUUCUCCCUCCAAAAAAUAUCCAGUUAAAAAACGGGUGAAAAUACACCCAGACACGGUGAUGGUGAAAUAUACUUCUCAUUAUCCUCAGCCUGGGGAUGAUGGAUAUGAAGAAAUCAGUGAAGACUAUGGAAAUUUUAUGGAAGAAAAUCCAAAGAAAGGCCUGCUGAGUGAAAUGAAAAGAAAAGGAAGAACUUUCUUUGGAACCAUGGAUACUCAACAUCCACCAACAGAAGACCCAAUGACCAAUGAGAUUGGACAAUUCCAAACUUUUGCAGAAAAAAAUAUUUUUCAAUCCAGAAAAAUGUGGAUAGUGCUGUUUGGAUCUGCUUUGGCUCAUGGAUGUGUAGCUCUUAUCACUAGGCUUGUUUCUGAUCGUUCCAAAGUUCCAUCUCUAGAACUGAUUUUUAUCCGUUCUGUUUUGCAGGUCUUAUCUGUGUUAGUUGUGUGUUACUACCAGGAAGCCCCCUUUGGACCCAGUGGAUACAGAUUGCGACUCUUCUUUUAUGGUGUAUGCAAUGUCAUCUCUAUCACCUGUGCUUAUACAUCAUUUUCAAUAGUUCCUCCCAGCAAUGGGACCACUAUGUGGAGAGCCACAACCACAGUCUUCAGUGCCAUUUUGGCUUUUUUACUUGUAGAUGAGAAAAUGGCUUAUGUUGACACGGCUACAGUUGUUUGCAGCAUCUUAGGUGUUUGUCUUGUCAUGAUCCCCAACAUUGUUGAUGAAGAUAAUUCUUUGUUAAAUGCCUGGAAAGAAGCCUUUGGGUACACUAUGACCGUGAUGGCUGGACUGACCACUGCUCUUUCCAUGAUAGUAUACAGAUCCAUUAAGGAGAAGAUCAGCAUGUGGACUGCACUGUUUACCUUUGGUUGGACUGGGACAGUCUGGGGAGUAUCUACUAUGUUCGUUCUUCAAGAACCCAUCAUCCCAUUAGAUGGAGAAACCUGGAGUUAUCUCAUUGCUAUAUGCAUUUGUUCUACUGCAGCCUUCUUAGGAGUUUAUUAUGCCUUGGACAAAUUCCAUCCAGCUUUGGUCAGCACCGUGCAACAUCUGGAGAUUGUGGUAGCCAUGGUGUUGCAGCUCCUAGUGUUACAUAUAUUUCCUAGUGUCUAUGAUGUCUUUGGAGGGGUAAUCAUUAUGAUUAGUGUUUUUGUCCUUGCUGGCUAUAAACUUUACUGGAGGAAUUUAAGAAGGCAGGAUUAUCAGGAAAUACUAGACUCUCCCAUUAAGUGAAUACCUGAUUAUUGUUAAUGUUCAGUUAUUAAUAGGUACACAGACAUUUUAAUGUUCAUCUAGAAAUGUGUUGUAUAACUGACAGAGUGCUAUAUAAUUAAUAUAUGCAGACGGGGAAAAAUUUAUUCUAGUCUAAUAAAUUAAAAACAUAUACUAAAUUAUGUGGAAUAUCAUGAAUCUGGUCUCUUUGCUGUUAAUAAUAACAGGCAAUUUUUAUUAUAAAAAUGAUUAUUUAUUAUAAAUAAUAAAAGGGUAGAGAAUGUUAACUUUUAUCACUAAAGAACAUAAGACUUGAAGAAAUGACUCCUUUCAGAUGGAAAUUCUGUGGUCCUGAAGUUCAAAAAUUAGUAAAAUGUUCAUGCCCAAUGUUCUAUAAAUGUUCAACAAAAAUCCUUCGAUAUUCAAAAAUCUAUAAGGUGAAAUGCUGAAUACCAAGCCCUGUUUUGUCACCUAUUUGCAUUAGAAAACUAGAGGUGAUUGGGCUUGGUAGAGUAGCUUGAGUGAGUUGAGGCAAGAAAGAGGGAACGAAGGAAAGGAGCUGGUUUUUCACUGGCAGUGGUGGUUGUCCUACCUUAGAAGAAAUUGGUCUUCCCCUUGCUGAGGCCACAUUAGGCAAUGCAGAGUAAAUGGAGGGAGGGAAAAGCUUGGAUUCCUGCCAGCUCUACUUAGUCUAUGCCAUUUUGUGCCUUAUGGUGGGAGAUAGAAUGUUGGGGGAGGGUCUACUCAUCCUCAGUUAUGCAGAUCUCUUCCAAACCUGCCCUUGUUUAUGUAGUAAGUAUAUGUGUGAGCUGCAGUAAAGGUACUCCUUACCCCUGAAAAAGACACUAACAGUAAUCAUAGUACAGCAGAAAACUGAAAACUUUGUGUCCUGAGAUUCUUUUCAGAAGAGCUUAAAAGUCUGUAAAACCACAUAGAUUUGGGAAUUUUUUACUAAUUUAGCACAAACAAAUGUUGAUAUGGUAUUGCUUAUUAAGCUAUCGUUAUUGAGCUAUCUUAACUUCAAAUACACCCAUCUAUAACUCUCCUCUGUGAUGCUAUGAAUCAGACCCUGCAAACUACAUUUUUCCUAUGCCAGCUGGUCUCACUAGGUUCCACCAAAAAAGGGCAUUAGAGGGAGACUGUAAAACAGAGAGGAUAAAGGACUUCCUCCUUUCUGUUUGCUUGCAGUUUCUGUCAUUUUUACCCCCGCAAUAAGCAAGAGCCCUUUGGUCCAGAAGCAGCAAUUGAUCUCAGCCUUAAGCUUCUUUUGGCACUCCUCCACCCGCUACCCAGCCUCAUCAUCUCCCUCUCAGUAGCAGCAGGACCAGUUGCACAGCAUCCUCCCAGGGGUAUAAGCUACAGGUCAGCAAGUCAUUCCUCUGAGCUCCUGAGACCUGAUGAUCCAACCUUGAUUCCUCUUUUUCACUACUCCUAGGGGUUCUAGCUGCUCUCUAUAGUUAUCAUAUCUGGGCUGCUUCAGUGUUUCCUUUUUGCUUUUCCAGUCCAUCAACAUCCAAUACUAUGUUCUCUGUUGUAAUAUCUUGUGAUUUCUGUUCUCCUAAUAUGCCUUCAAAGAUACCCCAAAAGGAACCCAAAGUCAUUUGUAGGGUGUUUGUACUUUUGGAAAAUGUUAACAUUCAGAUUUUUCAGGAAUUACUGGCUCUCAAUAGAAAUUACCCAAACUGAAGCACAGAAACAAAAAGAUCUGAAAAAAAAAUGAACAGAGCCUGGAAUGACCUGUACUAAGGAGUAAGAAGUCUAGUAUAAGUGUAAGUGUAGUCACAGAAGAAGAGAGAGAAUGGGGCAUAAAAAAAGAUUUGAAGAAAUACUGGCCAAAAGUCUUCCAAAUUGGGUAAAAAGAUACAACCAGCAAUCUGCAGAUCCAGGGAAAUAAGUGAACCCCCAGCAUCAUAAAUACAAAGAAAAUCACACCUGGAAACAUAGUGUAACUACUGAUAAACAAAGAUAAACAAAAUCUUAAAAGCAGCCAGAGGAAAAGAUAUAUGACACACAGGAAAACAAUGAUAAGAAUUACAGCUGGCUUCUUAUCAGAAAGAGUAGAGGCCAGAAAACAACAGAAUGAGUUUAAAGUGCUGUAAGAAAACCCUUUGAUGGCUUCUCAUUGCCUAUAGGAUAAAGUCUAAGGCCCUUAACUUGCAUAACCCACUCUUGUUUACACUUUUAGUCAUCUUCUGCUCUAGCAAUAUUCUACUAUUGUGUAAUACCUUUUUUUUUAAACGCAGGCCCCUCUAUGUGGAAGGACCCUGUCUUCUUUGCCUACUUACUUGCCUGACUAGCUUGACCACACACACCCCUCCCCCUGUGGACUAAUGUCCCCCUGUACAUAUCUAUUGCUGUAUUUACUAUACAAAUAAGUACCUGUUUAAAUCUAAUUCUCUGACAUUGAAUGGAGCUCCUUUAAGUUGAGGACUGAUUUUUAGGUCUCUGGUAUCUAUUGUACUGCUUACCACAGAGUGGACUCAAUCAAUUUUUGUUGAAUUAAUUACCAUAGAAGACUAACAUUACUCAGUAUAGAAAUUGAAUUUAGUUACCAGGGUCCACUAAUUUCUAUACUUCACAGUCAAGCCUGUGAUUACUUUCUUCUUACUGAUUAGUAGAUAGGUUUUUUUUUGUCCUAAAUAGUCCUUACAGUGAUGCUAAACCAGAUCAUUCUCUCUUUUUUUAAAAUUUUAUUUUUGGAUGCGUUGGGCCUUCGUUGCUGUGCACA